AUGGAGGCCAUUAAAAAGGAAAGGACAGAAGAUCAGGUGUUUCUGAUAGUAUUCGUCUUCUACCUCAGUACGACGGCAAAUAUGAGUCCAACUAGAAACCCAUUCCUUAAUGAGGUACUAACACCACAAAAUGAUCCAAUUCCACAAAAUAGUACACAACGUUACACCUCAAUAUCCCAGAAAACGUCUUCUAGACCGACACUCGAAUAUCCACCAACAUAUAAUACUACAACAUAUAAUACUACAACAUAUAAUACUACAACAUAUAAUACUACAACAUAUAAUACUACAACAUAUAAUACACCAACAUAUAAUACACCAACAUAUAAUACUACAACAUAUAAUACUACAACAUAUAAUACUACAACAUAUAAUACUACAACAUAUAAUACUACAACAUAUAAUACUACAACAUAUAAUACUACAACAUAUAAUACUACAACAUAUAAUACUACAACAUAUAAAACUACAACAUAUAAUACUACAACAUAUAAUACUACAACAUAUAAUACUACAACAUAUGAUACUACAACAUAUGAUACUACAACAUAUAAUACUACAACAUAUAAUACUACAACAUAUAAUACUACAACAUAUGAUACUACAACAUAUGAUACUACAACAUAUAAUACUACAACAUAUAAUACUACAACAUAUAAUACUACAACAUAUAAUACACCAACAUAUAAUACUACAACAUAUAAUACUACAACAUAUAAUACUACAACAUAUAAUACUACAACAUAUAAUACUACAACAUAUGAUACUACAACAUAUAAUACUACAACAUAUGAUACUACAACAUAUAAUACUACAACAUAUAAUAUUACAACAUAUAAUACACCAACAUAUAAUACACCAACAUAUAAUACACCAACAUAUAAUACUACAACAUAUAAUACUACAACAUAUAAUACUACAACAUAUAAUACUAGAGACGUAGACAAAUUCGUACCUGUUUCUGUGGUUUAUCGUCGGAAUGAACUCGCACUGGUCACGGCUAGUUUACCUCUAAUGGCCCGCAACUUCUACCGACCAAUCAAAACUCUGCUAAUAUGA